UAUCAUGAAACAAAUAACAGAAAGGAGAGAGAGAAGUGAAGCAACAACGUCCUGAACCAACUGGCUAGCUGAAAUAACAAAUAUCCCUCCGCCCCUCGUCCCAUCAUUUUCUUUCUUUUUUCUCAGUAAUGGCAUCAGUACAGACAUCGCUUUCUGCAAUUACAUGGCGGUCAUCUCCGUCUUUCACUUCAGCUAAUGCGACGACUUCACUCGUCUCCUUCCCGCGAUUUACCCGGGAAAACCGGAAAAUGACAUGCAAAGCAAUGGUUCAAGAAGCAGCUGCUGUACAAGGAGCUCCUGCUACUUACGCUAAAGCUAUGGAACGUCUCUCUGCUAAAGAGUCUUUACUUCUCGCUUUUAAAGAUUCAGGUGGAUUUGAAGCUCUGGUGACGGGGAAGGUAACAGAAAUGCAAAGAAUAGAUGUGAAUGAAAGGAUUAUUGGUCUUGAGAGGCUUAAUCCUACGCCUAGACCUACUACGUCACCAUUUCUCGAAGGUCGAUGGAAUUUCGAGUGGUUUGGAUCCGGAAGUCCUGGAUUAUUGGCUGCUAGAUUUUUAUUUGAGAGAUUUCCUUCAAGUUUGGCUAAUUUAUCGAAAAUGGAUGUGGUUAUUAAGGAUGGUAAUGCAAAGGUUACUGCCAUAAUGAAACUAUUGUCCUCGAUAGAAAGCAAGUUUGUACUGUCUGCCAAGUUAUCUGUAGAGGGACCUCUUAGAAUGAAAGAGGAAUAUGUUGAAGGAAUGCUUGAGACACCAACAAUCAUUGAAGAAUCUGUACCAGAACAAUUAAAAGGUGUACUUGGUCAGGCUGUUAGCACAGUGCAACAACUUCCAGUUCCUAUCAGGGAUGCUGUUUCCAGUGGGCUAAAAGUUCCUUUAUCUGGUUCGUUCCAGAGAAUCUUCAUGAUUUCUUAUCUUGAUGAGGAGAUACUUAUUAUAAGGGAUACUGCUGGAAUUCCUGAAGUUCUUACAAGGUUGGAAGCUCCCACAUCUCCCCUGGUAGCCAACGGCGAAUACGAGAGCUAGAGAUACUGAGAUUUUUUAUUUUGUUUCUCAAACUUCUGAUACUAUGUAAAGAGAAUAUGAAUGUUGUCACUAAUUCUUCCUCUGUCUGUCUGAAUUUAUUUUACAUUGUAGAGCUAUUUCAUUUUGUCUCUCUCAAUAAGACAACCAUUCUUCCCCUUUA